AGUUAUCCGGCUGCACUGCCUCGGGACCUGUGAGACUGCAGCAGAGUCUGCCACACAAUCUGUCCGUCUUUGUCAUCCUGUUUUGAUAAGAAGGGCUUCUUGUGCCUCCAACGGCCUCGCUGCUCCACAGUCAUCACUUCACUCUGCUCCACUUUUUCCACAGGCAGCUUUUUUUUUUCCAACAAGGGAGAAAAAUGAACGGUACCAUGGAUGGGACCAACGAGUGCAACUCUCCUCAUGACGGGUCCUUCAUGUUUACCUCUGAGUCUGUGGGAGAGGGACAUCCUGAUAAGAUAUGUGACCAGAUCAGUGAUGCUGUGUUGGAUGCUCACCUGAGGCAGGACCCUGAUGCUAAAGUGGCCUGUGAGACGGUGUGUAAGACUGGCAUGGUGCUGCUCUGUGGGGAGAUCACGUCUCGAGCCAACGUGGACUACCAGAAGGUGGUGAGAGAAACCAUCCGGAACAUCGGUUAUGACAACUCAGACAAAGGCUUUGAUUAUAAGACCUGUAACGUGCUGGUGGCCCUCGAGCAGCAGUCUCCCGAUAUUGCACAGGGAGUUCACAUCGAUCGUCUGGAGAACGACAUCGGAGCUGGAGAUCAGGGUCUGAUGUUUGGAUACGCCACAGACGAGACAGAAGAGUCCAUGCCGCUCACCGUCGUCCUCGCCCACAAACUCAACUCCAAGAUGGCCGAACUGAGGCGCAACGGGACCGUGCCCUGGCUCCGCCCGGACUCCAAGACUCAGGUGACGGUUCAUUACACCCAAGAGAACGGGGCUGUGAUCCCCAAGAGGGUUCACACUGUGGUGAUCUCAGUGCAGCACGAUGACUACGUGAGCCUAGAGGAGCAGAAGAGGGUCCUGGAGGAGAAGGUCAUCAGGGCGGUGGUCCCCUCAAAGUACCUGGACGAGGACACCAUCUAUCAUUUGCAGCCCAGCGGACGGUUUGUGAUCGGUGGACCGCAGGGCGACGCUGGAGUGACGGGCAGGAAGAUCAUUGUCGACACAUACGGCGGUUGGGGGGCCCACGGGGGCGGGGCUUUCUCUGGGAAGGACUACACCAAGGUGGACCGCUCAGCUGCCUACGCCGCCCGCUGGGUGGCGAAGUCUCUGGUGAAAGCCCGACUGUGCAGGAGGGUUCUUGUGCAGGUGGCGUACGCCAUUGGAGUCGCCCACCCGCUCUCCAUCUCCCUCUUCACCUACGGCUCCUCUCAGAAGAGCGAGAAGGAGCUGCUGCAGAUCGUCAAUAAAAACUUUGAUCUCCGACCCGGCGUCAUCGUCAGAGACCUGGACCUGAAGAGGCCAAUCUACCAGAAGACGGCCUGCUACGGACACUUUGGCAGGAAGGAGUUUCCAUGGGAGGUCCCAAAGAACCUGAACUUCUAGAGUAUCUGUGUGUAUGAGAGAGUGUGUGAGUGUGAAUGUGUGUGAGUGAUAUAUAGAUAGCUGCCCCUCGUGCUCCUGUAACCCAGUAAGAGAGAGGCAGCUGUGAGGGUGUGCGGGGCUGGGUCAGGGUGGGUGCA